AUGUCACAUAUUCCUCACUCCCAUUACCCCCUUAUUGCCCCAGGACAGGAGCGAUUGGUCUAUUCUGACAGCUCGAUUUUGCAUGGCAGCCCUCCUAUUUUCAAAACCAGAGCACAGCUAAGCCUCGAGGAAAACCUACAGGGCUCGAGUCACUUCCAUCCACCUCAGGCGCAGACGCAGGCGCAGUCGCUGCAGGCUAGGCCUGGACAGAUUUCCAGCAACAUUCGUGACACAAAGCCACGGCUGCUGCUAAUGGGGCUGCGUCGGAGCGGCAAAUCUUCUAUAUCGAGCGUUGUAUUUCAUAAAAUGCCCGCAACGGAAACUCUAUUUCUCGAAUCGACCACUCGCAUCCAAAAGGAUUCGAUACACUCUUUUAUGGACUUCCAAGUCUGGGAUUUCCCCGGCCAAUUGGAAUAUCUGGAACCGUCGUUCGACCUAGAAGAUAUCUUCGGCAAUCUAGGGGCUCUAGUCUGGGUCAUCGAUGCCCAAGACGACUAUCUAGAAGCUGUUUCGCGCCUAAAUCGAACCAUCCUCCUCGUCCAACAAUACUAUCCUCACAUUAACAUCGAAGUAUUCAUCCACAAGGUGGACGGUCUGUCCGAAGAAUACCGCUCUGACACCUUCCAAGAUAUCGUCCAACUCAUCUCAGAUGAGCUUAGCGAUGCGGGCUACGAGAAUGCGCCAGUACACUACUACCUCACGUCAAUAUACGACUACUCCGUUUUCGAAGCCUUCAGCAAAGUGAUUCAGAAACUCAUCCCGCAACUCUCUACCCUUGAAAACCUCAUCAAUAUUCUCUCCAACAAUUCUGGCAUGGAGAAGACGUACUUGUUUGACGUGUUGAGCAAGAUUUACAUCGCAUCGGACACCAGGCCUGUCGACAUGGCCUGCUACGAAAUGUGCUCGGACUACAUCGAUGUCAUCGUCGAUGUGAGCGAGCUCUAUUCGUGGGAGCAUCCGGAUCGCAAGCCUAAGGGUCCUCAGAUCUCAGAGGCGGAAAGUCAUGUGAUCUUGCACGAUAAGAGCAUGAUACAUCUUAUGGAGAUGAACAAAUACCUAUGUCUCGUCUCUGUGAUCAAAAAUGCAGAUGCAAAGGAGAAAAGAGGCCUGAUUGACAUGAACUGUCGGACUUUCCAGACUGCGUUGAAUGAAGUGUUUUCUAGAAAUUGGGAGAAUGAGUCAUGA